UUCUUUCUUUCUCUCUUUGUCUCCUCACUUUUUUCUUUGGGUGGGAGGUGAGGGACUUUUAAACAUAAGAAACCCACCUCCUAGAGCUUAUGCUCUACCUAAAACAUAUAAUAGUAUUCCAAAACCACCUUAUUCUAUGGGAAAAACACCAAGUAUACAAUCUGAGACUGGAACCACCUCUUCUUUUAAGGGAAUUACUCAAGAAGCCAAAAGUGAAGAUGAUCACAGGAAGAAGGUUAAGGGCUGCAGCAAUGAUGAUCGGUUCAAGCAUCCAACUUAUCGCGGAGUACGGAGGCGGAACUGGGGCAAAUGGGUGUCUGAAAUUCGUGAACCCAGGAAGAAAUCAAGGAUAUGGCUCGGAAGUUUUGCCACUCCUGAAAUGGCAGCAAGAGCCCAUGAUGUUGCUGCCCUUGCAAUCAAAGGCCACUCAGCACAUCUGAAUUUCCCCGAGCUAGCACACCAGUUCCCCCGCCCUGAAACCAAGUCACCGGAAGACAUCCGCGCUGCUGCUGCCAAAGCGGCCAUGUUUACUCAUCCAAGAAGACGUGAAGAAGCUGAUCAAGCCGAGGUGGUAGGCUGCCAUUCCCCAUCUAGUACUAGCAAUACAUCAUGUGAUGACACCAAAGAGCCACCACCUUCACCAACAGUUACAACUGCAGAUGAUGGCACAUUCUUCGACCUGCCCGAUCUCUUCCCCAACCUCAUUACUGAUCAUCAAAUGACCGACAUAUUUUGUCAGUCAAUCAUGUGGCCGCUGCCCGAAGUCGAGUCCGUGGAUAUGGAUUUCUAUCUCGAGGAGCCAUUAUUAUGGUAGCUAGUAAUCAGCAUGACCCUACCCAUCAGGUAAUAUGCUUUCAGUUUUUCCAGAACAUGAUCUAUAAAUAUGAAUGUUCAUAAAUUUUCUUGUUCAAAUAGUAAAGCUUUUGGAAGAACCGUCAUUCAAGGUAUUGAUAUUAUUUCAGGACAACGAGAAACAGAAAGGACAAUGUGAGUCCAAUAAUAUGAGUCCCCAUUCCUCAUGAAUCAUGCACAACCAUGCAUGGACACGGCAUUUUUGUCUGUAACCAUUGUCAUAUAUAUAACAGUUAAAUACCCGUCUUUUCAA